AUAUUCAGCAAGGUUACCAACGCUUUUUUACAAGUUCAAAUAUUUUUUGAAACCUAUUUCACCUAUCUUUUUUAUUUGUUAUAUUAAUUGAUAUGGGCAAAGAAAAGCAUGGGUUUUUUAGUCCUAAAUCAAUUUCUAACAGGAUAAAGUCGAAGGGAUUGCAGAAAUUGAGAUGGUAUUGUCAAAUGUGUGAAAAACAAUGCAGGGAUGAAAAUGGGUUUAAAUGUCAUACAUUAUCCGAAAGUCAUCAAAGACAGCUACUAUUAGUUGCUGAAAAUCCCAAUAAAUAUAUUAGUACAUUUAGUCAAGAGUUUAAGGAUAGCUUUGUUUAUCUAUUAAAACGAAGAUUUGGUACCAAAAGGGUUAAAGCAAAUGCUGUUUAUCAGGAAUUUAUUAGUGACAGAUUUCAUUUGCACAUGAAUGCAACUCAAUGGACAACACUUACUGGUUUUAUUAAAUAUCUUGGAAAACAUGGUUAUUGUAAAGUAGAUGAAACAGAAAAAGGAUGGUUUAUUACAUAUAUUGAUAGAGAUCCUGAAACUUUGAAAAGAUUGGAUCAAUUAAAAAAGAAAGAAAAAAUGGAAGUUGAUGAUACUGAAAUUAAUAUUAAAAUGAUUCAGAAACAAAUAGAAUUAGAUAAAAGUAGAGGACAAAACAGUGUAAAGUCCUUUGGUGAUUUGGAACAGAAUCCAUCUACUAGCAGUAAAGAUGAUGAAGGCAAACAAGAGAUUGAGUAUCAAGUAAACAAUGGCACUGAUAUAAAUGUAAAUUCACCAGAUGACACGACUAAACUAGGUUUACUGCUCAGGGAAGUAGAACCUCAGACAGAAGAAGAAAGGAUAAAAAUUUCUUUCAAAAAAUCUGUCAACUCUACAAAAUCAUCGAAUAAUAUCACAACUAUCGAUUCCCAUGUAAGUACGUCCAUCAUAAAUAAAAACAUAUGCCCAUUAUUCAAAAAGAGUACGGAAAUUAAAAAAAAGGGGCAAAAGUCGCUAAAUAGCGAUUCUCAAGCCCGCUUCCCCAAACUUUAUAAACCGGAUCCCACCAAUACGAGAUGUCGUAAUUUUGUAUCUGUAUUUGAUUGGCUGAUAGCAGGAUGUAUCGUUAAAGCGACGACCAAUGGGGAGGCUAGGAAAAUUUUGGUUAAAUCGGCUGAUUAUAAAUAUAUUGAAAAAGAUGGAGUCAGAUUUUAUGUUACAAAUAUCAAAAUUGCAGACCCAAAAAAGGGGAAAGAAAUGGAAGAACAAAUUGAAUUAAGGGAAAGUUUAAAUGGAGAUAAGUUUCCCCAGUCAACAACUAUAGUAACCGUCAUCCCAAAUAUAGGUAGAAAAAUUAUGGUGCUAAAAGGUCCUUAUCGCGGUCAAAUAGGCAUAAUGAAUGGCAUAGAUGAAGCAAGUUUUUCUGUAAUCAUUGAAAUAAUAUCAAAUUCCAGUAGAAAAAGAAGACAUUCUUCAUACCGUGAAAAUGACGAGAAUAUUGUCGCUAAAUAUUCGAGCAAUAAAAAUAACUUAAUUCAGCUCAAAAUGGCUUACGAAGAUAUAUGCAAAAUAGAUGAGGACUUUAUUAAUAACUUUUAGCGUGUUUAAGGAA